AUGCAUUCCGUUAAGGUUCUUUCCGCCAUUGCGGCGCUCGGUAUCUCUGCCGUCUCCGCCGCCACUUGCACAAGUGACAUCAAGGUUACCGAGCCCACCCCCAGCAUCGACUGCACAGUUGUCAAGGGAGAUAUCAUCAUUGACAAGAAGGUCGCUGGUGCCGUUGUGAUUAAUGGCCCUGAGAAGAUCGAGGGUAACUUCGUUGCCAAGAACGGUGGCGACAUCAUCUCUAUCGCCAGUACCUCCAUUGAGUCCAUCGAUGGCAACUUCCAGCUCGAAAACCUUGAGGCUCUCAGUAACCUCGAGUUCUCCUCUCUCAAGAGCCUGUCUGGCCUCAGCUUCAUCAAGCUUCCCCGUCUCGGAGAGCUGAACUUCGGUACCGAAGGUGUCACUAAGAUCAAGAGCAUUCGAAUUACCGAUACCUUCAUCAGCGAUCUGAGCGGUCUUAGCGUCGCCACCGUCGAGAGCUUCCAGAUCGACAACAACCGAAAGAUGAACGCUUUCCGAUCUGACCUUGUCAACAUCACCUCCGAGCUGAAGAUCUUCGACAACGGCAACGAUGCUAUGGAAAUCAUCAUGGACAAGCUUGAGUUGGCUGCUGAGAUCCAGAUCUCUAGCGCCAAGAACUUCUCCGUCCCCCUCCUCAAGGAGGUCACCAAGAGCUUGAAGCUCAACGCCAACCCCUCGCUCGAGUUCUUCAGCGCCCCCAACCUGACCAUCAUUGAGGAGACCCUCUCUCUCAUUGACAUGAAGAAGCUCACCAACGUCUCUUUCCCCCUGCUCGAGGAGAUUGGUGGUGGUUUCACUAUCCAGAACAACACCAAGCUUGAGGCUAUUGAUGAUUUCCCUAAGCUCGAGAAGGUUACCGGUGGUAUUGCCCUCCGUGGUAGCUUCGAGAAGGUUAAACUCCCCAAGCUUGACCAGGUCAGCGGCAGUGUCGUCGUUUCAUCAACCACCGAUAUCGAGGAGUUCUGCAAAUACUUUGACGACCUGAAGAGCGACAAGAAGAUUGACGGCGAGGAGAAGUGCACCUUCAACAACAAGAACGCCAACAAGGGCGAGGACGGUGGUGAGGAGAGCGAUGGCUCUGGUUCUUCCCAAAGCAACGAGGACGACGACAGCGCCGCUGGCAGCGUCAGCAUCAACAUGGCUGUCCUUGCCCUCGCUGGUGUCGCUGCCCUCGCUCAGAUCUUCUAA